UCGAUCGACAACAAUACAUCAAAAACGUGCAAAAUGCCGAUUCUCAAAAAUGGGAGCGAUCCGAAUCUGGGCUUGGUUACUAUAGAAAGUACGAAAUUUUCAUUGAAAAACACAUGUGCUUUUGACAGUAUCUUUCAAAUUCUGCUAGCAGGAGUUGCUGAUCAUGAUGAAGUAAAAAAUUGUGUACAAGAUAACGCACAUUUCAAUCCAUUGUUCGAAAUGAUCACAGAAGCAGCAAGGUCCAAAAUUCAAAGCAAAACUUAUCGAAGCAGAGCUGAAAUUCUGUUGAAAUUUUUCAAAAAAACACCAAAGAAAAAUUGCAUCGAAGAAAUUUUUUGCCAAUGCAACGUAGUUUCUUUAGGAAACUUUUUAUUCUCAUCCACACCGAGCUAUCAAGAAAUUUCCAUUUGCCCAGCUGGAUGUCCACCGAGAAUAACAUCACUUCCUUCAAUCACAAUCACUGGCAAAGAAAUUCACCUGCCUCUUGGAAGGGUUAUUGAAGAUCACAUAGUGAUUCCAGGCGUCUCAUGUAAACAAACUGGAUGUAGAGAGGAAGAAAACAAUCAAAUUCACGAAAUAGGAAAGAUUGUAAUGGUUGGCCUUGAUUGCGACGAAAACAUGACAAUCGAAUCCAUUCCGAAGUCGUUCGAGUGCCCAAAAACAGGACAGGAAUACGGUUUUCUUGGCGCAGUUCUCUAUCAAGGGCCAACUGUUAUGACAAGAAGAAUUUCAGCAAUCGGACAUUACGUGGCGCUGACAAAAAGAGGACAGAAGUGGACGAUAUACGACGAUCUUCAUCAAAAAUCAACUUCUGUAAUGAAGACUGUUCGCGUGAAGCCGGAGUUGAUUUUUUAUUUUAAGAAAUAACAAUUGAGACGAUGUAAAAUAAAAAUGUUUUGAAAUCGAUAAACUAGUUGUUGUACAUUAAAGAUAUUAAACAAACCAUCAUUUUUAAAGUCAAAUAAGUGACUAUGAACAGACGAACAUUCGGAACAUUAGCAUUUUUAAUUGCUGAAAUAACAAGCUUCAUAGUAAUGCUUCCUCAACAACCAUGUGAACUUGGCGAAAAUGAAUAGACUUGAUAUUUUAAUUUUGAAGAACGUUAGGUUUUCUCUUAUUUCAAUUAGGUUUCGACAGUUGCAACUAGUUUAUUGCCUUAUCAUCAAAAAACGAUAAUUUUUUACAACUACGUUCUUCUAUCAAUUUUGUAAAAAAUUUUUUCAUAAACGUAGAUUUUUUGAGGUUGAUAACACAUUUGCAAGUUUCUGUUACACCAUGUUGAUGCCAACUGAGAGAAAAUGAAUAUUGAAAAUAUCGGACGCCUGG